CGAGCGGCUUAGUCAGUCAGCGGCGAAGCUUUGGCGGCGGCGGCGGGUACUGGUGAGAGCGGCGGGUGGAGGCGCGGCCCCAGCGGCCAGGAUUCUGUGAAACAUGGCGGCUAGUGACACAGAACGAGAUGGAAUAGCCACAGAAAAGUCAUCUCCAGAUAGAGAUAAAAAAAAGGAGCAGUCAGAUGCCUCUGUUUCUCCUAGAGCUUCAAAACAUCAUUAUUCAAGAUCACGAUCAAGGUCAAGAGAAAGAAAACGAAAAUCAGAUAACGAAGGAAGAAAACACAGAAGCCGGAGCAGAAGCAAAGAGGCAAGAAGACAUGAAUCCAAAGACAAGUCCUCCAAGAAACACAAAUCCGAGGACCAUAAUGACAAAGAACAUUCUUCUGAUAAGGGAAGAGAGAGAUUAAAUUCAUCUGAAAAUGGUGAGGACAGACACAAGCGCAAAGAACGGAAGUCAUCAAGAGGCAGAAGUCAUUCAAGAUCCAGAUCUCGUGAAAGGCGUCAUCGUAGUAGAAGCAGAGAACGGAAAAAGUCGAGGUCCAGGAGUAGGGACCGGAAGAAGUCACGGUCCAGGAGCAGAGAGAGGAAGCGUCGGGUUAGGUCUCGGUCAAGGUCAAGGUCAAGACAUAGGCAUAGAACCAGAAGUAGAAGUAGAACCAGGAGCAGAAGCCGGGAAAGAAAGAAGAGAAUUGAAAAACCACGAAGAUUUAGCCGAAGUUUAAGUCGGACUCCCAGUCCACCUCCUUUUAGAGGGCGAAACACAGCAAUGGAUGCACAAGAAGCAUUAGCUAGAAGGUUGGAAAGAGCAAAGAAAUUGCAAGAACAGAGAGAGAAAGAAAUGGUUGAAAAACAGAAACAACAAGAAAUAGUAGCAGCAGCUGCAGCUACUGGAGGAUCUGUCCUCAAUGUUGCUGCCCUUCUAGCAUCUGGAACACAAGUAACUCCUCAGAUAGCUAUGGCAGCUCAGAUGGCUGCACUACAGGCCAAAGCUUUGGCAGAGACAGGAAUAGCUGUACCUAGCUAUUAUAAUCCAGCAGCUGUGAAUCCAAUGAAAUUUGCUGAACAGGAAAAGAAAAGGAAAAUGCUUUGGCAAGGCAAAAAAGAAGGGGAUAAGUCACAGUCUGCUGAAAUUUGGGAAAAAUUGAAUUUUGGGAACAAGGACCAAAAUGUCAAAUUCAGAAAAUUAAUGGGUAUUAAGAGUGAGGAUGAAGCUGGUUGUAGUUCAGUUGAUGAAGAAAGUUAUAAAACUCUGAAGCAACAGGAAGAAGUAUUUAGAAAUCUGGAUGCCCAGUAUGAGAUGGCAAGAUCACAAACCCACACACAAAGAGGAAUGGGAUUGGGCUUCACAUCUUCGAUGCGGGGAAUGGAUGCAGUUUGAAAAAACAUGAUUUUAAAGUUUGGGACUUUGUGAAAUUCUUGUUCUGAUGUCAGGUCCUUGUUCACCAAACAGCUAGCAUUCUAGCUUGCAUGGGUGUUGCAUUGACUUUAAUUUAUUGAAAAAUACAAUUUUUUUUGUAAAUAUCAGAUCAGUGAUACUGGUGUUAGUGUUGUAAUCAGGUUAAACCCACUUCCAUUAAACUUGACAGAACUAUAGAAGGACAAUAUUUUUUAGUUAACAAGUUCUACUUUUCAAACAAAUGUAAAGCUGCAGGUGGGGUAAAAUCUCAUACAUGGAUAUUUCGUGUCCACUGUCUUGUGUACUUUUGUACUUAACCUUGUACAGUUAUUUUCAUCUCUUGAAACAUGAAAGAAAUGUUGUGUAGAUGUUCUUUAGAAGAUCUGGCCAUUGGGCACAUAGUCCAGCACAAAAAGCUGGAUGGUGAUGAUAAUAAAAGAUGUUUUUCUCAAAA